GCAACGGCUGUCAGCCACGCCCACUUGAGAAGGCGGCGUUGUCAGUGGGAUGCAAUGGUUUAUUACAGCAUGUUAGUCUAAACUACAAGACUCGUGUUUUGAUGAUUUCAUUUUUAAGCAAAGCAAUUAUUAGUAAGUAUUACGUUUUAUUGUGGCCUCAAUUAGAAAGGCUAUGAUAAAGUCAACACAGAGGGGCCUUGGCACUAUUGUCUGGGGCCUGCAUUCAUCUUAGCUUAAGUUAGCCAUAACUGCUCCUUGGACCUCCCCCGGAAUUAAAGCCCGGAGAAGAGGCGACUAUUGCGGGUAAGAAGGCAAGAAGAAGCAAUGGUCCUUCUUGGCAGCUAACUAACAGUGCUGCUGUAAAGGAUCACAUUUGUUCCUCAAAUAUGAGAGCUUCUGCCCUGUGAAGGAAACCCCAUCAAAAUGGAACUGUACUGGUACAUAGUUGUCAUCGUUUUUAUCAUCAUUAAGAUCUUCUUCUACGUGUGCUGGUAUCGCUCAAGACAGAGACAGCUGGCAUCGUACCUGAGCAACCCCCGCAAUGCCCAGAUAGUCAUCGUUGGCGGAAGAGCCUACCUCCAUCAGGUGUGCGAGAGACAGAGUCAAGCUUCGCUCUGGCCGAGCUGGUACGGUGUGCCAGAUGACCUGUCAGUAGAAGAGCCCUCCACACCUCUGCCACCUGCUCCAUCUUUCUCCCACCUGGACAUGCCACCACCAUAUGAUGCUGUCUCUGGAGAGGACGACCUGAAGCCCCCUCCCUACAGCGAGUGUGCCGACGCUGACCAGACGGACGUGGCCCGUCCCUCCCAUCACAUCUCUGAGGGAGGGGACUCCAGCGGUGUCAAUGAGGCCCCUCCCCCUUACACAGCGUCACCCCCACCCCACUCCGACCUACAAGAUGGCCCUGUGGGCCGCACAGAGCCGCGCUCUGAGAACAGGCCCAUCUAGUCGUUUAUCUCAAUAUCAGUUUGCCUUUUCCUCAAAACAAAACUGCCUUGCUCCAGACAAACCUCAGAGAUCGUUGCCAGCCUUGCUCUCAGUCACACGGGGAGCAAACACGAGUGUGCCCCCUUCUACUUUUCUAGUCAUCUAAUGAAUUCCAUCAUACCACAUGACCUCCACAAGCCUGAGUGCCUCAGUCCAAACUUCAAUGAAUCUCCAGCACGGUCAGGCUGGCAUCUUUAAGAGAUUCGCAGAAUGACACACGCUUCCAAGUGUAGCUUUAGCGAAGCACAUUACACGCCUCCGCUGGAACAUCUUUUGAAGAAAUUAGCAAACACGAAGACCCUUCUUUAGUCACAGUCACAGUUUUGGUCACAGUGACUUUUUUCUGAGUAUGCCAACAACAACAAAGUAAUAGAUAAGGAGACAUUGUAACUAUCAACUUAGUUUGCCUUUAUACUUCACAAUACUGGAUUUGACAUAAAAUUAAGUAGUAAAAAUGUUGGCCUCACACGUUAAAGGUCCCAUAUUAUACAAUUUGAACCAUUUUAAAUGAGUCUUGAAGAUCCCAUGAAUAGAAGAUGUUGGAAUUUAGAUAGUUUAAAAGUAAUGUCUGUGGUGUAAAUACUCAUGAACUACCAUAUAGCAGUGUGAGGACAAACAUUAGCAACACUAGCAGAGCUAUGUGAGCUAAAGAGCUAACGUUACACUCACAUUUUAACAGCAACAUCAUGCUAAGUUUGCCUGCCCGCUGACUGAUAUUUGGUUGGCAGAGCUUCAGCUUUUAUUUUAAGAUGUGCGGUGAAGCCUGCUUUUAUACAAAGCUGUCCUUUGUGAAGUCUUAAAGUACCAGUAGAGUGGAAAAACAAGUUGACUUUAUAAGUUUAAUUGUAUUUCAUUGUGUCUCAAACAAUCUCCAACUGUAUUUCCAAUCCACAAAAUAUGUGAGGACACCGAUGAAACAUCACAAAAUGCCGCAAUGUCAGAAGGCCAUUUUGAAUAUUCCGCUCCAAAUGUCUUUGGCAAUUUCUGUAGAUCCCGGGUUAGACGUACUGGAAAUAUGCAAAAAUGUUGCUAUUUUGCCAGACUCAACACGCUUUACAUAGUGAGACCCAUUAUCUACAUCUUUAAGCUACAUUUAAAUCAGUGUUAGUCACAUUGAGUAGUGUCUAACCCAAGGACAUGAUGGAAGUGAUCAGAAUGGCGGAAUCGGGGAUCGAACCUGCAACCCUCAUCUUGCUGGCACGGCAGUAGUACCAACCGACUUACGCCGCCCACAGAGAUGUGCUGUUUUAUCAUUCCCUAGACAUGAAAACGUGUUCUUUUUUUAUGCCUUCUAAUUCGUAAAUAAAAAAAACAAACAUAAAAAGCUCCUAAUCAAACUUUGACUGAUUGAAACCAUUUUAGCGGCGCAUUGGUAACAAACAGGUAAUUAGCCAUCUGCUGCUGUAGUAUACGCUGGUCAAAGUCGUGUUUCGGGUGGUCAAAUUUAUUCUAGAUUAUAAAUCUUGCCUCUCAUUUGGAUAAUAGGAGGAUUAAAACCCUAAAUUUUGAAGAUGUUCAUCUGUGACAUUCAAUUCAUACUUGGCGACGGGGGCAGGCACACAACUAAAGAUGGCGUCUGCAGGCAGCAACUUUUCCUUUUAACUCUUUGUGGAAAUGAUGAUUAAUUCUUCAUCUAAACGGGAAGUUAUAAACAUCCCAUCCGUCGUCAUCCCCAUAAGAACAGAUCACUUUAUUAUGUUCAUAGUUUGUAUUUUUUAAUUAGCACUUAACAAUACUGCCUCAUGAUGCUUCAGUGUUUCAUUAAAGCCAGAUCUGUUUCGCACAAAGCUUCUAAACUUGUAGCUCACCUUCCUUACAUCCAAAAAUAUAAGGUUCUGAAUCAUCAUUUGUCCCAAAGUGAUCGUUUCAUAAAGUCUGCAUGAUUUUCAUUGUUGUUGACAUGAAAGGGAUCUGUGGUUCCCACAUUUACGUUGCGGCUCAUGCUCAUUAUCUCUCAAAAGGGCUCGGAAUCUCUGUGAGAUUAAUACUAUUUUGAUCAUACAGUAUCUAUUCGCUCGCAAACUUUGUAAGUCUUUCUCUGUUAUUAAUCAGAUAUAUAUGAGAGUAGAUUCAAUAUAGAGGCAACUUGUUUUUACCUUCUACUGGUACUUGAAGCAUACAAACCAGGUGGGUUCACCUCGCAUGUCCAGUGACGGCUCUAUCCCUAAUGGCGUCCUGUGCAAGAACCCACCUUCGACCUGCAUAGUAGGGAUGGGAAUCUUGACAAAAAUUCAGUUUGUAUAUGAUCCGUUUCAGAAUCGAUUCUCGAGUCAACAUGAUUGUUGACUCGUUGACUCGUGCAGUGACUAAGCAUGAGAAUCACUUAAAAAAAACUACUUUUUAAAAUGUGUGUAUAUAUAUAUAUAUAUAUAUAUAUAUAAUAUAUAUAUAUAUAUAUAUAUAUAUAUAUAUUUAGACUUCCUUUUUUGUCAUUCAAAUUUGAACUUUUCCGCACGGUUAAGAACAAAAUUUCGUUGUAUAAGCUCAUGGUAGUGCAGGAUAAAAAAAAAAGCUAUAAGGUCCAUAUAUAAUUAAAUAAAAAUAUAUAAAUAAUAUGUAAAUAUAUAUAUUUAUAAAAUAAAUAGAUUAGAUUACAGAUAAAUAUAUUGCACUUUUUCACAUGCGUCCACGUUUAUGGAUGUAUGUUAUAUUGUCUUUUUUAUUCCAGCGAGUUAAUCCAUUUUGGGGGGAGUUGCGGGGAUAAUUUAAUUAUGAUGCGUUUAAAGAGUCUUGCGGCCAGAGGGAAAAAGCUGUUACAGAACCUGAAGGUUCUGCUUUGGAGGCUGCGGAACCUCUUUCUAGAGUCCAGCAGUGAAAACAGUCCUUGGUGGGGGUGGGAGGAGUUCUUGCAGAUUUUCUGAGCCCUGGUCAGGCAGCGGCUUUUUUGUGAUCUCCUGAAUAGGAGGAAGAGGAGUCCUGAUGAUCUUUUCCGCCGUCCUCACCACUCUCUGCAGAGACUUCCAGUCUGAGGCAUUGCAGGCUCCAGUCCAGACAGAGAUGCUGUUGGUCAGCAGGCUCUCUAUAGUUCCUCUGUAGAAUGUGGUGAGAAUGGGGGGAGGGAGCUGUGCUCUUUUCAUCCGACGCAAAAAGUGCAUUCGCUGCUGAGCUCUUUUUACAAGAGCUCCGGUGUGUAGGGACCAGGUCAUAUUGUCAGUUAUCUGCACCCCCAGGAACUUGGUGUUGCUUUGCCAUUGAUGUAGAGUACAGUGUGGCUGGACUGGUGCUUCCUUAAGUCAACGAUGAUCUCCUUGGUCUUGUUGAAAUUCAGGACCAGGUUGUUGGUUCUGCACCAGUCAACCAGAUGUUUCACCUCCUCCCUGUAGUCCAUGUCAUUGUUGUCACGGAUGAGGCCCACCACUGUCGUGUCGUCCGCAUACUUCACAAUGUGGUUAGUAGUGGACCUGGUGCAGCAGUCCGUGAGUCAUCAACGUAAACAGCAGCGGAAUCAGGACACAGCCCUGGGGGGAGCCAGUGCUCAGGGAGAUUGCACUGGAGGUGUUGUGGCCCACUCUCAUCUCCUGAUGAUUGAGGGAACCCCUCAUGAAACAGUUCUGUAGAGAUGAAGUAGUCUUGUGAUUUUUCCCACACAUACAUAUAUAUAUAGAUAUAUAAUUUGUUGAAAACUCGGAAUCUAAUUAGAGUUGUAAAAAAAAUAAAUCGCAAUCUGGCCGUGAAUCGUUUUUUGUUUUUUUUUGCACACUUCAUGCCAAGAACGCACACAUCCGGACGUAUAAAAUUAAUUUUUUUACCUCCUAGAGAAUGACAUCCAUGUGUCCUUUAGCCCCAAAUGUUAAAACGCCUGUUUUUUUUUCACACGUUAUUGCUCAUAAAUGGGCUUUUGCAACACAUUCUAUUGUUGUAAAAGUCAAUUUUGUAUCAUCGGGGACUUUUAUUCUAAACAGUUUAACCAAAAUAUAGUAUUUAAUAUGCACACAUCUUAAAUGUGGAAUGUAUUUAUUUUCAGGGGCACAAAGGUAAAGUUUGUAAUUUUUUAAAUUAAGACUAAUUUAGUCUACACUACUAUCAAAUCCAUCAUGGUGGUGUAUGAAGGCAACAAUCUGCAGACUGUACAUUUCUUUGACCAACACAGCAUAUGUGUUGACGUAAAGUGUCAUUGAUAUCGGUCCAAAGUGAUGACUAUAAUAUUUGAAUCUUGUAUUUAGUAUACCAAGGUGCUCUUAUUGAAUACAGCGAGCUCGAACCAAUGCAUUUUUAAUCCACUUUUUUUAUUGCUUUUUGCAGGCUGUGAUUUGUGGUGAAGCUGUCUCGGGAGUUCUACUGACCAGCCAAUAGCUUGUCUACUCCCUCUGCAUGAGACAAAGUGGACAAUGUAUGUUGGAAGGUUACCGUGCCAACGGUAAAAAUGGUUAACUAAUGGUGGCUAAUAUUGUCAUUUUGUUUUGGGGCUCAUCACUCUUAACAAAAUGACUCAAGGAUCGCUCUGAGCUUAUCAAGGGCUUUUUUUUUUCCCAUUUGCAUCAUUUUUGCAAAAAGUGAAACAAACCAAAAAAAAAAUAUUUGCAGCUUUUUGAAAUAUCCACAUGAUAUCCACUUAUUUGUAUGCUUGUGUUUUUUUUUUUUUUUUUCUUGGUCAUUGCUUUUCAAACAAAAUGUGGUCGUCCUGUUUUUGGGUGGUCUGUUUGCUCUUACCAGAGAAUCAAGGGUUUAAAUUGUUCUAAUAUAAUAAUGACUGUUUUGUAUUGUGAUGACAAAUCAUUCAGCAAAAAAAAAAAAAAGGAGAAAUGCAACUGCAAAAUGUAGCUUACAUUAUUGUCACCUACGUCCACUUUGACUUCAUGUUCAUUCCCUAAAUGGCUCCUUAAUUAGAUCUCUUCAGGUUGUAGCUUUGUGACUUAUGGGGAUGGCUUUUUUACUGCUUUUUUGGGUGGGGGAUGAUUCAUCUUCUGUAUUAAAUUGUUCAUAUUGCU